GAAUUCAAAAUUUCUGCAGAGAUAUUUCUCAAUUCUUUUUAAGAAUAGUUACUUACUAUCAAUAUAUGUGUGUGAAUUAGUGGGAGGUUAAUUAAAAAUUAGUAAUAUAUAAUUGUCUGCUCCGUUACUUGUUAGCCAACCUUUUGACAUUUCCAUUGACUUAACUGAAAAAUUGAGAUUGUAAGAUAUCGAAUGGCUAAAAUGGUGACUCAAUUUCUUCGGCUACUACAAACAUUAAUUCCUAUAAAUAAGGUUGUAACGUCCAUGAAUUUUUUGUUUUCCAUUUUCAUUGAAAGCUAUAGAGACAUUUGCGUUUCACCAUUGCAAAACCCAUACUGAAUCAUCCAUCCUUCUCCCCGCCCGCCGUCACCACUAUCGCCACCUCCUGACCUCCGUUUCCGUUUAUGGCCAAUUUCAUCAUUUCCCUAAACCCCCCAUAGAAGUAACAAAUUGCACCUUGAUUAUUAUUAUUAUUAUUUUCUUUGAUAUUUUUUUUUAUCUUUUGUUAAUUGAUUGUCCGCUAUUACGAUGGCGGACAUAGUGAAACAAAUUCUAGCACGGCCAAUACAAUUGGCAGACCAGGUAACAAAAGCGGCAGAUGAAGUUUGUAAUUUUAAGGCAGAUUGUCUUGAAAUUAAAGCGAAAACAGAGAGGCUGGCCGCGCUGCUAAGACAGGCAGCGCGAGCCAGCAAUGACUUGUACGAGCGUCCAACGCGUCGAAUCAUUGAUGACACGGAACAAGUUUUAGACAAGGCACUUACUCUUGUAUUCAAAUGUUGUGCAAGGGGAUUGAGUCGGGUUUUCACGAUUAUACCAAAUGCUGCAUUGAAGAAAACGGCACAACAGCUUGAGAAUUCAUGUGGUGAUGUUCAAUGGCUGUUACGUGUGUCUACUCCAGCGGAUGAUCGUGAUGAUGAGUAUCUCGGGCUUCCUCCUAUUGCAGCUAAUGAACCAAUUUUGUGUCUGAUAUGGGAACAGAUUGCAAUUUUGUGUACAGGGUCGUUAGAAGAUCGUUCUGAUGCAGCGGCUUCGCUUGUAUCAUUGGCUAGGGACAAUGAGCGCUAUGGGAAGUUGAUUAUAGAAGAAGGUGGGGUUGCACCAUUGUUGAAAUUGGCUAAAGAAGGGCGAAUGGAGGGUCAGGAGAACGCAUCGAGGGCUAUUGGUCUUCUUGGUAGAGACCCUGAAAGUGUUGAACAAAUUGUAAAUGCUGGUGUUUGUUCUGUGUUUGCUAAGAUUCUAAAAGAUGGGCAUAUGAAAAUUCAGGUUGUAGUGGCUUGGGCAAUUUCAGAAUUGGCUGCAAAUCAUCACAAAUGUCAAGAUCAUUUUGCUCAAGCAAAUACUAUUAGGCUAUUGGUUAGUCAUCUUGCUUUUGAAACAAUUCAAGAACAUAGUAAAUAUGCUAUUGCUACAAAACAUCAGAACAUGUCCAUACACACGGCUGCCAUGGCACAUUCUAAUUCUUCUAGUACUAGCAAAUUCAGUGAUACUGGAGGUAAGCUCGAAGAUGAUGACAAUAGAACUCAUAGUAAAAUUCUUCAUCCUAUGGAUAAUCAAGCAACCAACCAAAUGCAUAGUUUGGUUUCAAGCGCGAUGGCCUUGAAAUCCCAGGCACAGAAUCAGCCCAACAAUCCUAUAUCAAGUACAAAUCAACAGCAGCAGCGACAAAACCCGAAUCAGCAGAGGAGCCACCAUGUUGGACUGACAGGGACUAGCAUUAAAGGGAGGGAAUAUGAAGAUCCUGCUACAAAAGCUGAAAUGAAAGCAAUGGCUGCCAGAGCACUGAGGCAUCUGUGUGCAGGAAAUGUUAGCAUUUGUACUCAUAUUACAGAAUCCCGAGCUCUUUUAUGCUUUGCCGUUUUGCUAGAGAAAGGCCAUGAUGAAGUACAAUAUCAUUCAGCCAUGGCACUUAUGGAGAUCACAGGAGUUGCUGAGCUAAAUUCAGACUUGAGACGUGCAGCUUUCAAGCCGACUGCACCUGCUGCCAAAGCUGUGCUUGAUCAAUUUUUGAGAAUUAUCAACCAGGAAGAUUCAGAAUUGCUCAUUCCAAGCAUCAGAUCUAUAGGCCAUCUGGCAAGGACCUUUCGAGCAACGGAAACCAGACUCAUUGGUCCAUUGGUGGUUCUGUUAGAUGAUAGGGAACCAGAAGUAACUAGGGAAGCUGCAAUUGCAUUGAACAAAUUCGCUUCCUCCGAUAAUUUCCUGAGAGUCAAUCACUGCAAGGCCAUAAUACAGGCAGGAGGUACCAAGCACCUAGUUCCACAUGUUUACUUUGGUGAACAAAUGGUUCAAGUUCCUUGUUUGAUUCUCUUGAGUUACAUAGCAACCUAUGUUCCUGAUAGUGAGGCAUUAGCUGAUGACAAUGCACAUAUAGUGUUGGAGUGGGCUACAAAACAGGGACACCUAAUGCAAGAUCCUACUGUUGAAGAACUUGUGAACCAAGGCAGAGAAAGCAUGGAACUUUAUCAGUCCAGAGGCUCACGCCUGUGAACCUAUCAAGUUUUGUAAUAUGUCCCAAAUUUAGGUACUCCUUUAAACUUCCCUCUUCCAGUUUUGUUGACAAUAUUGACGAGGUAAGGGUAAGAUUUGCGUAAUACUUUACCCCGCGGGUGGAAUUAGAAUAGGUUGAAACUCGAGGCCCUCUUUAUCAUGGACCAAAGUUGAUGAUAUCAAAUGUGUAACAUAAACAAGACACAAGCAAAUUCUUGGAGCAGUCCAAGACGCUGGUUAGAGAUAGGUAAUCAAGACGCAAAUGAACAAAACUGUUUACUUUGGAGUUGGAGCAAUGGCCAAGAUUCGUGACCUCUUGAUUACUGAAGACGUUACCUCGAGAUCUUUUUAGAUGUAAUUCAUUCCCACUUUUGUAACUCGCAAUGUGAAUAUGUCACAUUAAGCUUAUACUGAAUUUUGCACUUGUACUAUAGUUAGAUCAUGUACAUUUACCCCAGAAAAAAAAGAGUAGAAAACUUACUUCAUGGGCUCA